AUGGCAGACCAAUCCGACGUUCACGAAGAAGAAAACCCUCUCAGGGAAAAUAACAUCAACGUCCAAACAGGACAAACGGGAGGAACUCCUGGAGAAAACACCGGAACUGCUGCCGAGCAAACUCCCGCAGCCGUAACCGACCUGUUACUCCAAAUGUUCACUGCUCAGUUCGAAGCCAUCAACAAAAGGAGCGAGGAACGUUUCAGUCAGAUGGCGGCACAGAUCGCCGAACUCAGUCAGACACGAACUCCUCUCCGAGUUCGGAACAUCAUUGACGAUCUCAAUGCCGACGGAGAUCCAACCGGAACUAUGAGGUCUGCCGCGGUCGGGUCAGCAAACCCACCAGCACCGAACUCAAGCCGAGAUGCCGAGUUUGAAGCGAUGAAAGCACAGCUUCGCGAUAUCACCUCAAAAAUACAUCAAGCCACAAGCGCGGCUCCGGAGAUCGAGCGCGUCAUUCAGGAAACACAGAAGACUCCUUUCACAUCGCGCAUCGCAGGGACGCCGGUCAAGCACAUGGAGAAACUGAAGAUGAAAAUCUACGAGGGCAACUCUGACCCUCGACACUUCCUGACAUCGUUCGGCAUCUGCAUGAACCGAUACCAGUUUAAGUCCGCCGAAGAAAGAGACGCGGUUCAAUGCCAACUAUUUGUGGAAAGUCUGGGAGGAGUAGCUCUCGACUGGUUCUCACGGCUCGAAGCCAAUUCAAUCGACAGCUACAAAGAGUUAACGACAGCCUUCGUCAAGCACUUCUCCAUGUUCAUUGGACAGAAUACCAAGAACUCCGAGCUCUGGCAAAUAGCUCAAGGACCAAGCGAGAGCCUUCGCGACUUCAUCCAGCGCUUCAAGGAAAUCGUCGCCAACUGCACGAUUAGCGACGAAGCCGCUCUCUUAUGCCUUCAGAAAGGAGCUCGGAUAAAGACCAGUUUCCGAACCGCGAUCACGCACAACCCACCGCAGACGUUAGAAGAUGCAUUACACCGAGCUAAUACUUACAUUGCUGAAGAAGAAGAAGAAGCUGCGUACGAGCAAAGUCACUCAACAAAACAACCCGAACGUCCGAAACCCGCGACUAACGAGCCGCAGUCGGGAUACGGUCGAGGAUACGAGAACCGCAAGAAACUCUAUGCUAACGCAAUCCAACAACCAAGCAAACAGUGGAAUAAUAAAUGGGUCCGCGGUGAAGAAGACCAAGACGAGUCGUUAUUCUGCGAAUUCCAUAACCGUAGGGGCCACAGCACCGAAGAAUGCAGGCAUUUGCGAGAAUAUCUACUCGGCCUGUAUCGCAAGGAGCCGAUCUCGGUCGACGAACUCCGACGCUCAAAUACGCCUAAGAGCGGUGGGCAACUCUCGAUGCCCCGACCGAACAACGAACAUCUCGAGAAAGCACUUGCCAAAGAUCCACCAACUCCACCGGCUUUACCGACACUACCACCACCGCCACCGAAUCCGCCUGCUUUGCCCGAGCAACGGAAACGGAAUCGCGAUGACCGAGCUCCGGAGAAUCGUGCUCCUAAGGCGCGAAAACGUGUCAACAUGAUAAUGGGGGCCAUCGAAGCUUGCAGUUAUUCCGUUCGAGCCAUCAAAGAAUACAGCAAACAAGCCGCUAGCACACCAAAAACCCCACAGGAUCCUCCGAAAGGAGCGCCCUUGGUCUUUACCGAGGCUGACACAAUCGGAAUUCACAAGCCGCAUAAUGACGCUCUCGUUGUCGAUCUACUCCUCGACGACGUCAAAGUUAGCCGCAUUCUGAUCGAUACUGGCAGUUCGGUCAACGUUAUCUUCAAGGAAGCACUUGACCAGCUCGAGUUGGCGUCAGAUAGGAUUGAUCCGUUCAUCGAGCCACUUACCGGAUUUGAUGGAGAGCGUUGUAUGACGAUCGGCACUGUCAAAAUCUCAAUCUACGUCGGCGGAAUCGCAAAGAUGAUCCAGUUCCUUAUCCUCGACAAACCGGCGAUCUACAACGCUAUUCUCGGUACGCCAUGGCUGCACGCAAUGAAAGCGGUCGCUUCGACGUACCAUCAAUGCUUGAAGUUCCCGACCCCCGACGGUGUGUACACACUCCGAGGAGACCAAGCCGUUGCUCGGUCGUGCUACAUAAAUGAGUGCAGACUCCACUCGGCCAACCAAGCUUGCGUCAUUAGUUCGUUCGGACCAACUGACAAGCUCAUCGUCCAAAAGACAAAGCCUAAGCAGGAAUCAAUCGUUCAAGUUAGCAUUGACGAACUCAGGCCAGAGCGUCAAGUUGGAAUUGGUGCCGAGCUCGACCCAGUCAUCCGUGAACCACUCAUUCGUUUCCUGAAACAGCAUACCUCAACCUUUGCUUGGUCGGUAGAAGACAUGCCCGGGAUUGACCCGCAGAUCGCGUGCCACGAGCUCAAUAUCGAUCCGACAUACAAGCCUAUCAAACAGAAACGCCGAAAGCUUGUGCCAGAGAAAGCGCAAGCCGUGAAUGACGAGGUCGAGCGCUUACUCAAAGCUGGAUCUAUCACCGAAGUUAAGUAUCCAGAUUGGUUGGCAAACCCUGUGGUCGUGAAGAAGAAGAAUGGUAAAUGGAGAAUUUGCGUCGACUUCACCGACCUCAAUAAAGCGUGUCCGAAAGAUAGCUUUCCGUUACCUCAUAUCGAUCGCCUGGUGGAAGCAACUGCCGGAAACGAACUACUCUCAUUCAUGGAUGCGUUCUCCGGAUACAAUCAGAUUCUCAUGCAUCCACAGGACCGAGAGAAGACAUCCUUCAUCACGGACCGUGGCAUCUAUUGCUACAAGGUCAUGCCAUUCGGCCUGAAGAAUGCUGGAGCAACGUACCAACGACUGGUAAACCGGAUGUUCGCGAGCCAGCUCGGACGAACUAUGGAAGUCUACAUCGACGAUAUGCUCGUGAAGUCGCUCAUCGCUUCCGAGCACGUCGGUCAUCUUCGCACAUGCUUUGAUAUCUUGAAUUAA